CAAGAAUCCUACGGUACAGCAGAAGUUGAAGAUAUCUGGAGAACACAAUGGCAGGGUAAGCUUUUCUUUUCACAUGGUACUUGUCAUAGUUGUGGGGUAAUGGUUCUGGUUAGAGGUGAUUUAGAUUUCAAUUUGAUUUCGAAUGGGACGGACAAUGAAGGUCGCUAUAUUGUAUUAAAAGCUGAAGUGCAAGGAGCAAAUUCCUUAUUCGUAAACGUUUAUGUUCCUAACAAAGUUCAGGAACAAUGCCGUUUUAUUGAAAAUCUGAAUUCGACAAUCGAUGAUGUUAUUAAAGAUAAUGAACCUAAGCUUGUUGUGGGUGGGGACUUUAAUGUUACGCUUGAGUCAGAUCUUGACUGCUCGGGUGGAAAUCCAGCUCAAAAGGCUUCAGUUAAAAGUAUUCUGGAUUUGUGUCUUGAUUUUGAUCUGGUCGACAUCUGGAGAAUUCGGAAUCUUACCACUCGACGUUAUACGUGGAGGCAAAGAAACCCAUUUACUCAAAGGAGGCUAGACUUCUGGCUAGUAAGUGGUGUCUGUCAAGAAGACAUUGAAGGAACUCAUAUUAUUCCGUCCAUAGAUUCUGAUCAUUCUGCGAUCAUUCUUCACUUCAACAAUAUAGACCGGCAAAAACAUGGUCCUUCAUUCCGGAAAAUUAACGCUAGUCUACUUAAUGAUGAAAAUUUUGUACUUUUAAUCUACCAAAGUGUUCCGCUUUGGCUAGAUGAGUUUAAAGAGGUUAUCGACAAAAGAAUAUUAUGAGAUUUGAAUAAGUACAUGAUAAGACAGGGGAACGAUAAAUUAAGGAAAAGGCUCGACAAAGAAGGCAAAAGAUAUCUGAUAUUGAAAACUCUCGCAAAGUCUUGGAGAAAAAGUGCGCUAACAACCCUACUACCGAGAAUAUUGAACAACUUGAAAUUUUGAAAUUGGAACAUGAAAAUAUUUAUGAGGAAUUUUCAAAGGGAGCAAUCAUUCGCUCGAAGGCAACUUGGUAUGAAAAGGGAGAGAAAAGUAACAAAUAUUUCCUCAAUCUAGAAUCUCAUCGGAAGGCUAAAAGUUCAGUUCGUAAGGUUUUUAGCGAAGAAGAAUUGUUAGUCACUGACCCUAAAAAGAUUUUGGGGGUUAUUGAAGGCUUUUAUUCUGGUCUGUAUAAGAAGGACGUUCUAGAACCUUCUGAAAAUCUGAUGAAUACUUUUUUUGGAAAUUCCGCGCAUGCCUCGUCUCUCUGUUGACGAUUCUCAAGUGUGUGAAGGGAAGUUAACAAUUGAAGAAUGUGUGAAGAGCCUCAAUUCUUUUGAACCCAAUAAAUCUCCAGGCAACGACGGGUUAACAGUUGAAUUUUACAAUUUUUUGGGGGGAACAUAGUUGGGGAAUUACUGGUAGCCAGCCGCAACUACUCCUAUGACGUCGGAGAAUUAUCAAACUCACAAAAGAAAGCAAUUAUAAUAUUAUUGGGAAAAAAAAGAUAAGGAUAAAAGACACAUAUCUAACUGGAGACCAAUAUCUCUGAUCAAUGUCGAUGUUAAAAUAGGAUCGAAGGCGAUCGCUAAAAGACUGGAAUGUGUCCUGCCCAGUAUUAUACAUUUUAACCAAUGUGCAUAUGUUAAAGGCAGGACUAUUUUUGAUGCGGUUAGAACAAGUAGAAGACAUCUUAGAGUACACUGAGAGAUUUAAAAUCAACGUAAGAUUGAUAGCUAGAGAUUUCAAAAAAGGCUUUUGAUUCUGUAAGCAGAGAAUGUCUUUUUCGUACCUUAUCUGCUGCUCGUUUUGGCUCUUCUUUUAUCCAAUGGAUUCACACUUUUUAUAAUAAUAUUUCUAACUGUGUUUCAAACAAUGGAUAAGUUAAGAAUUUGGAAAUGGAGGGAUCUUACUAUCAUUGGUAGAAUUCAGCUGGUCAAAACAUUUAUUAUCCCCACUUUCUUAUACCGUGCUAGCUUAAUUUGUAUGGACAAGGAAUUUGUAAAUGAAGUAAACAAAAUUAUAUUUGACUUUAUCUGGAAAGGUAAAGACAAAGUGAAACGUCGUGUGCUCGUUGGGGACAUUGAAGAUGGAGGAUUGAAAGCUCCACACUUGGAUUCUAUUAUUAAAACUCAAAGAAUAUUAUGCUGUAAAAAGCUCGCGAGUGAAGACCUUAGUAGCUGGAAUAUUAUUCUUCUUCAUUACCUAAAACCAGUAGGUGGCAAAUUUAUCCUUGGUUGCAACUUCGAUGUAAAAAAGCUGCCUAUCAAGCUUCCGGGUUUUUAUGAGGAAUGUUUAAAGGAUUUUUCGCGAUGCUCCGCAGUAAACAAGGUUAGUCUAGACAAUAUUAAUGCAGUGGAUACUUCAAAGAUCAUUCUGUGGAAUAAUUUUUAUAUCUUAAUUGGUGGUAAAACCGUUUUCAACAAAAGAUUAAUAGAUAAAGGAAUUGUAAGAAUAGGGGAUCUUAUUGCUGAAAACAAUGAAAUCAUAACGAGCAAGCUAAGGGAGUUAAAUUUAUCCCCAUUGGACGGAUUUCAACUUUUUUCAGUGAUCGACGCACUCCCGAAGGACUGGCGUCAUGCGUUGAAGAGUUACGGGUAUGAUCGCCUUGUUUCUUUCGAUCUUCACGAGCAGACUCGGUUGUUUUUAACUGGUAAAGAUGUUUUAUUAAGUAAUGCUGACUCAAAAGGCAUCUAUAAAGAAAUUAGAGACAGAGAAAUUGUUCAACCAACUGCGCAAAAGAAAUAUGUUGAAUUUUUUGAAAAUGAUAAUUUAAACUGGACAGAAAUUUACAGCUUACCCUACCAGGUUGCUCUUGACACUAAGUCACGUGAAUUUCAA